AUGGAAGGGACAGGGGGGGCCCGGCGGCUGCGGCCGCACCUCUGGGCCGACCUGGCGUUCGCGGUGCGGGCGGCGCGGUGCCGGCGGCGGGCGGGGGGCGGCCCGGGGGGCGGCCCGGGGGGCUCGGUGGCCGCGCGGUUCCUGCGCUUGGCCCGGGCGGCCCCGGCGCGGCCGUUCCUGCGGGGCCGUGGGGGCUCACAGCCGCUCGGGGGGGCGGCCCGCGCCGUGGCGCGGGUGGCGAACGCGCUGCGGGCGCUGCGGGCCCCACCGGGCCCCGGGGACACGGUGGGGCUGCUGGUGGGCAACGAACCCCGCUUCGUGUGGGGCUGGUUCGGGCUCGCGGCACUCGGGGCCCGCCCGGCCUUCCUGGGCACGGCGCUGAGACCCGCCGGGCUCCGGCACUGCCUGAGGGGCUGCGGGGCCAGAGCGGUGCUUGUGAGCGACGAGCUGUUCGGGUCGGUGGAGCCGCUCCUGCCCACCCUGCGCGAGAACGGGGUGGCCGUGUGGGUGCUGGGCCGGGGGCCGUACCCGCCGGGGGUCGUGGCCCUGCAGGAGCUGCUGGACGCGGCCUCGGACCAGCUGGAGCCCGACGACGUUUGGGAGCCCCGGGACAUGAACGAGACCUGCCUGUACAUCUUCACCUCGGGCACCACCGGGCUCCCCAAAGCUGCCCGCGUGUCCCACCUCAAGUCCAUCAUGUGCCUGGGCUUCUACGAGUUGGUGGGAGCCUCCAGCGGGGACGUUGUGUACCUGGCACUGCCCCUCUACCACAUGGCCGGGGCCCUCCUGGGCGUCGUCGGCUGCCUCGGCAUUGGAGCCACGUGUGUGCUGAGGGAGAAGUUCUCAGCCAGCCAGUUUUGGGAUGACUGUCGUGCCGAGGGCGUCACCGUGUUCCAGUACAUCGGGGAGCUGUGCCGGUACCUCGUCAACCAGCCCCAGCGCCCCGGUGAGCGGCAGCACGGGCUCCGGUUGGCCGUGGGCUCUGGGCUCAGACCCGAUGUGUGGAGGAGUUUCCAGCAGCGCUUUGGGCCCAUCCGGAUCGUGGAGACCUACGGGAUGAGCGAGGGAAACGUCACCCUCUUCAACUACACCGGGACCCCCGGGGCCGUGGGAAGGGGCAGUUUCAUCUACAAGCUUUUCUCGCCCUUUGAGAUCGUUCGGUUCGACGUGGCCGCGGGAGCCCCGGAGCGGGACCGGGCCGGGCGCUGCAUCCGCGCAGGGCCGGGCGAGACGGGGCUGCUGAUCGCACCGGUGACCCCCCGGACCCCGUUCCUGGGCUAUGCGGGCCCCCCCGAGCUGUCAGAGCAGAAGCUGCUCCGAGGGGUCUUUGCCGAGGGCGAUGCGUUUUUCAACACCGGGGACCUGAUGGAGCAGGACCGGGACCAGUUCGUGCGGUUCCGGGACCGCACCGGAGACACCUUCAGGUGGAAGGGGGAGAACGUGGCCACCACGGAGGUGGCCGAGGCCCUGCUGGCCCACAAGUCCCUACAGGAAGCCACUGUUUAUGGGGUCACCGUCCCAGGGCACGAGGGCCGUGCCGGGAUGGCAGCGGUGGUGCUGCAGCCAGGACAUUCCAUGGAUGGACCAGGGCUGUUCCGGCACCUGGAGCAGCUGCUCCCGCCCUACGCGCGGCCCCGCUUCCUCAGGGUGCAGGAGCGGCUGGAGAUGACGGAGACGUUCAAGCAGCAGAAGGUCCGUCUGGCUCAGGAAGGGGCCGAUCCUGGGAUCAUUCCCGACCCACUCUUCCUGCUGGACGAGGCCUCCCAGUCCUACAUCCCGCUGAAUCCCGAGCUCUGGGAGCGGCUCCGGGUUGGGCACCUCCACAUUUAACCCCCCACGGGAGACCCCAAAGCUCCUGGGAGGCCCCAGAGCUGGGCCCAGGGCUGUCCCGGGGGCUGUGGGGGCUCCAUGUCUGUCCUGGGGGUCCCCAAAUCUGUCCUGCCACCACCUUGAACCCCACACCCAUCCUGGGGGGUCCCCUCAUCUGUCCUGGGGGGUCCUCAUGUUCGUCCUGGGGGUCCCCACAUCCAACCUGGGCGUCCCCAAGUCCAUCCUGCCACCCCUGUGAUCCCCACACCCAUCCCAGGGGUCUCCACAUCUGUCUUGGGGUCUCCCAUGUCCGUCCUGUGGAUCCUCAAAUCUGUCCCGGGGGGGGGGGGGGGGCCCCACGUGUGUCUUGGGUGGUCCCUGUGUCCAUCCUGGGGGUCCCCACAUCCAUCCUGCCCCAUCUAGGUUUCUCCCCCCCCCCAUUCCCAAGUGCCUCCUGGUCUCCAUGUCCCCCCUGUCCUCAACCCGGGGGGGGGUCCCUGUCCCCCCCCCAGUGCCUCCCCCCACUGGGGGCUCUUUAUACACAAAAAUCUUCAUUUUUGGGGUCUUUUUUUUUUUUUUUUCAAAUAAAACUCUUUUGUAGCAAAAUCUGGUUGUUGGCACCCCCAGAUUUUGGGGGGGGGGGAG